AUGCAUCCCAGGUGCUUUGUGAUGCGUAUGGCUAAUAGGCCCGUCACCAACGCCCACGAGACUCAAAGUAAGCGGCAACCUGGCGAUCGACGCAACCAGAUCUCUCAAACAGGCAUCACAGCUCCGGCACAUCUGAGUGUUUCCUGCGAUGGUCUUGAGGGAACGGUAUCCCAGGCAUCCACCAAGAGUGAUGGUUCUCAGCCCACGGCAGCUAGAGAACAAGUUGACUCUUCUCGAGUGGCCGGUCUGCCGAUCACACCCCCCAAGUCCCAGGUCGUGGACUACAUGGACGAUGAAGAGCCCCCUCGCUCGCUGAAGCGAAAGAGAAAGCCGUCAACCAUGUUCCUCCCCCCGAGAACUCCUGAAAGCUCUCCCCGUUCAGCGGGAACACCGAGCAGUGAAAAGGCGUACAGAAAGGUACAGUCCCUCAGCCUGAACGGUCCGAUCACCGACGCACAUCUCACCAAGCGUAGUCUCCCGCGCCUACGAUCCGAAGCCAGAAAGGCGGGUGCCGAAUCGGAGAACGAUAUCAUCGCGACCCUGCGCCACGAUCUGGACGCCCUCCGCUCCGACUUUGAGAGCGAGAGGCGCGCUCACGCCGAGCUACGCAGUAGCUUGGAAGAAAUGACCCACAUGAAUGAUACGCUGCGCAUGGUCAUUCGAGGUGAUAGGAUCUAUAGUACGGAAAUGUACACCAAGCUGCAGUCCUUGCGGAAGAAGUUGGGUCCGCUGCUGGCUAAGGUUGACACGCUGCAGGAGGCUAUUGGUGCUGUCAAGACUCAGUUUGGGAAUCACGAUGCUCCUGUUGAGUUGAUUAUGGAUUUCACGAAGAACUUCUAUCAGUGGUGGAUUGGUCGGUUGGAGAAGCGUCGGGAGGGUGGGGAGGGUCAUGUUGAGGACAGGGGCGCUGGGGCUCAAGGUUGA